CCUGCUGUCUCCGCUGUCUUCACGGUGUUAAAAUCGGAGCUUUACUCAGGCACCGACAAGGACUAAAUUUGUCUUCCUUUCUAAAGAUCCAAGGGAAGGGAUCAAUUUUCAUUAAUUAAACACAUAAUGGGCGCCGGUAGCUCCAAGCCUGACGCUUCGGCGGGCUCGAAACAUGUUUUUUCGAGCGGUGGCCCCGUCCAGUUCUCAUCUAACCUUGUCGACAACCUCCAAUCCAACACCGAGACGGACUCCUCUCGCGCAAAGAGCAUCGAACUCCAGAUUCAGGCCCGCGUAGCUCAAGAGCUUGAGCGUCUCCGUCAACGCGAGCAGCAGACCCUUGCUGAGAUCGAGAAGCGCAUUGCGGAAUCCAAAGACAGUGCUCCCUCGUCGUUCUCUUCUACACCAAACGUCAGCUACCCCCCUGGCUCGCUGAACCUGGACGCUCCCCGGAUCCCCUUCGCAGGCCGCGAAUACACCCCUGCCCCUGUCCCCGAAGCGCAGCCCAUCAACCGUGAUGUGUCCCGUGACUCGGUGAACACCGAAAUCGAGGAACUGCGUGCUAAGCUUGAGGGCCGGAGAAAAUUGGUUGAGAUCGAUGAGAGCGUUGAGAAGGCCAAGUCAAAUGUCGUGAGCUGCUUGCGUUUGAAUGACCGCCGGCCUUUGGACUGCUGGCAGGAGGUGAAUGCGUUCAAGAAGGAGGUUGCCAAGCUUGAGGAAGCGUUCGUGGACCGGGUUGUUGGUUAGAUGACGAAGUGAAAAACUAUGUGUGUGUUACUUGACAAUAGAUUCCUCAGAUCUCUCGUGUUAUGUUGUGUGUAUAUGUUCCUGUAUGUACCGGAAUUAGGCUCAGGCUGUGACUAUUACUUGCGUGCACUUUUUGGCCGCUUUAUCGAGGUUACUCAUGGUUUUAGUGGGUAUUUUAAGAUGGUUUUUUCAUAGCAUGGAACUGCGUAUGCCAUGUGCAGUCUAUUUUGAACAUUUGAAACCGCCAACUUAGUGUAUCA